AGAGCAGGAUUUAGGGGCAAGAAGAGGUGACUUCUGAGCCUAAGAGUUCUUUGGGGCUGGGGGUGACCAGAGGUUCUGCAGGCCCAGUAAUCACCUCCCUGAGCCUCCGUGUCCUAUCCGCCUUCCCCCAGGCAGGACUGAGGACGGGACAGCACAGCAUACAGUCGGCACUCAAUAAGCAUUCACUCCCUGUCAUUGCAGCAGCCUCAUCCCAUCCAUCCCCAGGGUGAGCAGUAGCCUCGUGGCCCGCGCCAUCUUUCCCAUGAGGCCGGCAGCACUGUGCUCCCCUGGGCACACAGCCCCAGAGGACGAGAGCCCCAUCGUGGUGAAGCUGGAGGAGGAGGAGGAGGCCACCCCCUGGGAUCCCGGCCCAGAGGCUGCGUGCUGGUGUUUCUGGCACUUCCGCUACGAGGAGGCAGCAGGGCCCGGAGAGGCCCUGGCCCUGCUCCGGAAGCUGUGCCGCCAGUGGCUGCGGCCCGAGUUGCACUCCAAGGAGCAGAUGCUGGAGGCGCUGGUGCUCGAGCAGUUCCUGGGCGCGCUGCCCGCCCAGCUCCGGGUGUGGGUGGAGUCUCAGCACCCGCAGGACAGCCAGCAGGCGGUGGCCCUGGUGGAGGAUGUGACCUGGGCAUCCGAGGAGAAAGCUCUGCCUGCCCCGGGCCCCACCUGCUCUCCGGAGACCCCAGCUCAGCAGGAGGAGAAGGAGAAGGAGACGACCUGCCCAGCAGAGGUCCUGCCGGAGGAGCCAGUGACCUUCCUGGACGUGGCCGUGGACUUCAACAGGGACGAGUGGGAGCUGCUGGACCCCACGCAGAGGACCGAGUACCAUGACGUGAUGCUGGAGACCUUCCGACACCUGGUCUCCGUGGGCUGGGAGACUACAGUGGAAGGGGAGCAGUUACCCCCAAAGUCAGCUGUUCCUGCGGCAGAACCAGCCCCCGACCUGAAAGUGGAAGAGCUCUCGGGGGCCGAGGCCCAACCCUCUACCUCAGCGGAGGCCCCGCAGGGGGCGGCCCUGGAAGUUGGGGACACGGCAUUGCCGCCCGUGGGGCUGGCCCAGGAGGAAGCCCUCUCUGAGAAGCAGCACCACGAAAGCCCCAAGUCCCCAGCAGACAGGGGUCUCGCCACAAGCCGCGCCUCCCUCCGGAAAACUCUGCCCCGGAAAAGCUUGCGCAGGCAUAGCUCACGCAUCAGAAAGGCAGCGCGUGAUUCCCAGGUAAAAACCCAGCAGAGCCGCCAAGGGGGCAGAGCUCGGGAAACCAGGAGCACCCCGCAGGUCACGUUCAUACGGAUCCACAAGGGGAGCCAGGUGUUCCGCUGCAGCGCGUGUAGCAAACUGUUCCGGAACCCCAGGUACUUCUCCGUGCACAGAAAAAUCCACACGGGAGAGAAGCCCUACGUGUGCCAGUACUGCGGGAAGGCCUUCAUCCAGAGCUCCUCCCUCACGCAGCACCAGAGGAUUCAUACUGGAGAGAGGCCGUUCAAGUGUCGAGAGUGUGGGCGGACCUUCAAUGACCGCUCGGCCAUCUCCCAGCACCUGAGGACUCACACCGGAGCCAGGCCCUACCUGUGCAAGUUCUGCAACAAGACUUUCCGCCAGAGCUCCCACCUCAUCCGCCACCAGAGGAUCCACACUGGGGAGCGCCCCUAUGUCUGCGACAGAUGCGGGAAGGCCUUCACCCAGAGCUCACACCUCAUCGGGCACCAGAAGACGCACAGUGGGGCUAAACGCAAGAAGAGACACCGGUCUAGCGCUAACGCCAGUUGAUGAGACGCUGCCUUCUCAGCCCAGUCCUGCACCAGAACCUGAGUGGCGUGGUGGGACUCAGGCCUGACCCCAAAGCACUGAAUGACGGUGUUCUCAAGACCAAAGGACCGCCAGGGGCCCCGUCCUGCACACACAGGUGACGUGGGCAUCGUCGAUAAUGAAUGUGACAGCUGGAAAACAGAUCUAGUUUUUUACUCAAUGGAUUUGCAGUUAUGAUUUGGUCAUUACGAGGGAUGUUACUGAAAGCUAAGUGCUUACAAUGAAGUGGGUGCACUGAUAUUUGUAGUAAAGUAUUUAUGUGUAUGAACAAGGACUAAAAGAGAAGAUGGAUAAGUAAACUAUAUUUCUGUGGUA